UGCUCUGCUCAGACAGAACUCUCUGCUCUGCGUCAGGAUGAAGCUCCUCACUCUGCUCCUGCUGCUGGGGGUCACCUCACUGACCGAGUCUGAGGUCGUGCAGUCUUUCAAAAGUAAAUGCCCUCAGUUCUUCUUCUUAGGACACCUGCCAUCAGCAAAACGUGUGGCCACUCCGACUGUUCUCCGUGGACGAAAAUAUAAGCAGAUUUGUCAGCGUUGGAAAAACCAGUACAGAUUCGCCACUCUCUACGACACCAAGAGCAGGAUCCCCGUCUACUCUGCAUACACGUACAACAGUAGCAAUCAAUUUCCACGAGACAAAUACUGGAAGGUCGAACCUCAGCUGGAUCUGCCAUGGAAUCGAGAGAACAGUAACAUGGCAUCAGAAUCAGAAAUGAAUGCCAGUUUGACGUCCACGUUUGAACAUCAGGCUCUGGUAAAAGACUACAGUGGAGACUGCUGUGGAAAGAUCACCAGAGGCCAUUUGUUUCCAAAGAGUUACGCUGCUGAUAAGGACCAGGGAGAUUCCACCUUCACGCUCACCAACAUAGCACCACAAACACAGGAGUGCAACAAUCAGUGGGCCGAGCAGGUGGAGGAACCGAUGCUCAGUUAUAUAAAAACAAAGUGCACGCUAAGAGAAAGCUUCCCAGCCUACAUCGUGACUGGAGUGGUCCCAGGAAAUACAUGGCUGGAAAUAAAAAGAGGGAACAGAGCCAUUAAACAGGGAGUUAACAUUCCCACUCACUACUGGACUGCUUUCACUUGUGCUAACAGUACAGGAAAAGUUUCUCACGCCUACAUCGCCCAGCAAAGCCACUGCAAGGAUAAUCGUCAGACCAAAUUUAAAAAACUAGAGAUGACUGUUGCUAAGCUGGAAGAGAAGCUCAAAGACCUGUAUAAUCAGUCAUUCAGCGUGUUCAGGAAUACAAAGAUCUAAAUCACAGUCUUCAUUUUAAUGUUCUGCUUCUGUGUCCACAUCGCAGUGCAGUCAUAGUUGUACAUUUAAAAUUUUAAUCAGUAAAGAUGAUUUUGGCUAAAUUUGCUUUGCUGUGAUUAUAUAACGCCACAGUCAGGAUGUUCAGAGAAGUGAAGAUGGUGAGAUGUUGGUGUUAGUGAAGGAAACUCUUUCAGGCCAUGAAGAGAGAAGUGUUUAGAAGGACAUGUAGCUGUUGUACGUUUAUGUAUUCCUGUGUUCCUGAUAAAUGAGUUCUUCUGCUGAGCUUCAAUAAACGCUGCUGUGAAACUGGA